AUGGCCCCCUCAGCGGCGCCGGGCGGCAUCAGCCUGCCUAGCGGUUUCGCGGUCUUCAUCACCUUCCCGGACAUGCUCUUCAUCUUCGAGUUUGUCUUUGGGGGGCUGGUGUGGAUCCUGAUUGCCUCGUCCCAUGUGCCCAUCCCACUGAUCCAGGGCUGGGUCAUGUUCACGUCUGUGUUUUGCUUCAUAGCCACUACUCUCCUGUACUUCCUGUAUGUAACUGGUGCCCACGGCAGCAGACCUUCCUGGAUCACCCUGGAUGCAGCCUACCACUGUAUCGCCUCCCUGUUUUACUUUGGUGCCUCUGUCCUGGAAGCUUUGGCCGCCAUCCAGCUUCAAGUGGGUUUCACCUACAAACAUUACCAUGAAAACAUCGCUGCUGUGGUGUUUUCGUUCGUAGUCACUCUGCUGUACGUGGUCCACGCAGUGUUUUCUCUAAUCAGAUGGAAGUCUUCCUAA